AUGACAUCGACUUCCAUGUCGGAUUAUCCACCUACCACUGUGGUGAGUGCAUCUCCUCCAACAUCAGUUGUUGCAGAUGAGAAGAGAGAUUCAGUGGACACGACCAUCAGGAUGAAUUUACAUUCAGAUGGGCCAUAUGAUCAUCCUGAUCUUCUUGUUAGUUUUCUGCAGACAUUGUCUGCAUUUCAGGAUCUUGUUGAUAGUGGAGCUUUUGUUGAUGUCGCCCAGGAUACAUUGCGUAGAGGAGAUGAUCUGAGUCAGGAACGCCUUCAGUAUAACAGGUAUGGCUCACAUCAGUUGAAGAGACAUUUGCUGGUCACAAAGACUUCAAGCCCCGUACAUUUUGUCCUGCCAGGAGAUUCUACUGCUAAUACAACAGACCCUCAAGAAGUCAAAGCACUGGAAAUUAUCGCAAAGAAGUUGCAAUAUAAAAAGUGGAACUUCAGUGAAGAUCCUUGCAGUGAGAAUGGAAGCUGGAUUAAGAGCCGGGAUAAAAAUAAUGAAAACCUGGUGUCCUGCAACUGCACCUUGGACGGAGAUAGCUUUUGCCAUAUUACCCAAAUAUUUCUCAAGAGGCAGAAUCUCUCUGGAGUGAUUCCACCCGAGUUUGCCACUCUCACGUACCUUGAAGAGCUUGACCUGACUCGGAACUAUCUUAACGGUUCAUUACCUGUAGAGCUGGGAUCUUUGGUCCAUUUGAAAAAUUUGUCACUUGGCAUAAACCGUUUGUCGGGCUAUAUUCCUAAGGAAUUUGGAAACCUUAGUAGCUUGAUUUCAUUGGUUCUUCUUUCAAACAAUCUAUCUGGAAGAUUGCCACGACAACUUGCAAAAUUGAGUGCUCUUAAGAAAUUGCAUAUUGGAAGUAAUCAAUUUAGUGGACGUAUACCUAUAAGCUUUUCCAGAUUCAAGGUUUUAAAUGAUUUUCGAGCAUCUAGCAACAACUUUGAGGGCGAAAUACCAGAUUUCAUUGCUAAAUGGAAGAAGAUUUCAAUCUUGAGACUUGAAGCUAGCUCUCUGAAGGGUCCAAUUCCAUCUAAAUUUUCAAGCUUGAUUAAUUUAAAGGACUUGAGGAUAAGUGAUCUAACUGGUGGUGGAUCAGAUUUGUCAUUUGUGAGCAACCUAAAGAAUUUAAAAAUAUUAGUGCUAAGAAAUGCCUUGAUUUAUGGAGAUAUUCGACCGGUCAUUGGAGAAUUCAAGAAUUUGAAGAUAUUGGAUUUGGGAUUCAACAAUUUGACAGGACAGAUUCCAGACACAUUCAAAACUCAAAGAAAUAAAGGCUACGAUCUACAAUAUUUGUACCUUGGAAACAAUACCUUAACAGGAAACCUCAACUCAUGGUUAGGAAAAAUUUCUCAUGUAGACUUGUCUUUCAACAACUAUUCAGUAGAUUUUCCUUCAUGGGUGACUCGUGACACACAAUUGAAUUUGAUAGGGAAUUCAUUUAAAUUCAAUUUUUCUGAAGAAAGAAAUGAAGCUUAUCUUCAACGAAACUUCAAAUGCAACAAAAGAGAUCGACAUUGUAAGUUGCUAGUUAGCAUUGGUUGAUGUUCCACUGUUGUUAUGGGUGGACCAAGUAUUCAAUGUAAAUAAAUGAAGAUAAACCAUCUUUGUAAUUUUUUUAGGUUGAAUUUUAAUAUGACUUCUGUGGCAUAAUUAUUGUGUUUAUGGUUUUGGAUAUUAUAUGAAGUAAUAUGCACAAUAGUGUGUGAACCCACUAUCUCUCAUAGAAGUACAUUUGACCACUAAUGGUCAUCUUCCAUCACACAUGUUAGUCAUGUUAGAGUUUGACUUCUUUCCUCAAUCAAUUUAU